CAAAGAUUGCACCCAGCCAGCCCGCUCCGGACAUAAAGGGGAGCGGGUCACAGAGAAGCGGUGCAGAAGCGGGUUGGUCUGUGUUCCCCGCUCCUCGCCACACACACCGGGAGGAUGAGGUCCACCGUGGGCGCCCUGCUGGCCUGUGCUGCCUUGGGACUAUGUCUGGCUGUCCCUGACAAAACUGUAAGAUGGUGCGCAAUAUCAGAGCAUGAAAACACCAAGUGCAUCAGUUUACGUGACCACCUGAAAAACCUCCUUCCAGCCGAUGGUCCCCAGCUUGCCUGUGUGAAGAAAACCUCCUACACUGAUUGCAUCAAGGCCAUUGCAGGAAGUGAAGCAGAUGCCAUAACCUUGGAUGCCGGUUGGGUGUAUGAGGCAGGCCUGAGUCCCAACAACCUGAAGCCUGUGGUAGCAGAGGUCUAUGGGACACCUGAAAAGCCACAGACCUCUUACUUGGCUGUGGCUGUGGUGAAGAAGGAUUCUGGCUUCCAGCUGGAUGAGCUCCAAGGCAAGAAGUCCUGCCACACUGGCUUGGGCAGGUCUGCAGGAUGGAACAUCCCCGUCGGCUUACUUUUCUGUAAAUUUCCGGAGCCUCGCAGUCCCAUUGAGAAGGCCGUGGCCAGUUUCUUCUCGGGCAGCUGUGUCCCCUGUGCAGAUUCGGCAUCCUUCCCCAAACUGUGUCAACUGUGCCCAGGCUGUGGCUGCUCCUCUCUCCAACCAUACUAUGGCUAUGCAGGCGCCUUCAAGUGUCUGAAAGAUGGAGGUGGGGAUGUGGCCUUUGUCAAGCAUACGACCAUAUUUGAGGUCCUGCCACAGAAGUCUGACAGGGAUCAAUAUGAGCUGCUCUGUCCUGACAACACCCGCAAGCCAGUGGAUCAAUUUGAGGAGUGCUACCUGGCCCGCGUCCCUUCCCACGCUGUUGUGGCUCGAGCUGUAGAUGGCAAGGAGGACUUGAUCUGGGACAUCCUCAAAGUGGCCCAGGAAAAUUUUGGCAAAGGCAAAUCCAAAGACUUCCAACUGUUCGACUCUCCUCUUGAGAAAGACCUGCUGUUUAAGAACUCUGCCAUUGGGCUGUUAAAGAUCCCCUCGAGAAUGGACUACAGGCUAUACCUUGGCCAUAACUAUGUCACCGCCAUUCGGAAUGUACGGGAAGGAAAGUGUCCAGAAAGCCCCAGCAGCAAUGUGCCAGUGAAGUGGUGUGCCCUGGGUCACCAUGAGAGACAGAAGUGUGACGAGUGGAGCGUGAACAGCGGAGGGCAGAUCGACUGUGAAUCGGCAGAGACCACCGAGGACUGCAUCGACAAGAUUGUGAAUGGAGAAGCUGAUGCCAUGAGCUUGGAUGGAGGAUACGCCUACAUAGCAGGCCAGUGCGGUCUAGUGCCCGUCAUGGCGGAGAACUAUGAUAGCUAUGAUUGUGGACAACUAAAAAGAGGGUAUUAUGCUGUGGCAGUGGUGAAGGCAUCGAACCGUGACAUCACCUGGGAGAACCUGAAAGGCAAGAAGUCCUGCCAUACCGCCGUAGACAGAACUGCUGGCUGGAACAUCCCCAUGGGCCUGCUGUACAGUAGGACCAAGAGCUGCAAGUUUGAUGAAUAUUUCAGUCAAGGCUGUGCUCCUGGAUAUGAGAAGAAUUCCACUCUUUGUGACCUGUGCAUGGGCCCAAACAAGUGUGCUCCGAACAACAGGGAGGGAUAUUUUGGCUACACAGGGGCUUUCAGGUGUCUCGUUGAGAAGGGAGAUGUAGCCUUUGUGAAACACCAGACUGUCAUGGAAAACACUGAAGGAAGAAACCCUGACGCAUGGGCUAAGGAAUUGAAGCUGACAGACUUCGAGUUGUUGUGCCCUGAUGGCACCAGGAAGCCUGUGACUGAGUAUGCCAGCUGCCACCUGGCCCAAGCUCCAAACCACGUCGUGGUCUCCCGGAAAGAGAAGGCAGCCCGUGUUAGCACGGUGCUACUUAACCAGCAGAGUGCAUUUGGAAGCAACGCUGACUGCUCUACGGGUUUCUGUUUGUUCACAUCUGACACGAAGGACCUUCUGUUCAGAGAUGACACCAAAUGCUUGUUUAAAGUUCCAGAUGGCACCACAUGGGAAAAAUACUUAGGAGAAGACUAUGUCCAAGCUGUUGGUAACAUGAAAAAAUGCUCAACCUCACGACUCCUGGAAGCCUGCACUUUCCACAAAAGUUAAAAUCCAAGAUGUGGGCUGCCACAGUGAUGGAGACGAGUGUUGCCCUGAUCCAUGGACUUCCCUUGGCUUCUGUGGCCUGAGGGGUUCAGGCCAACUGGGUCCGUCUUCAUGUUUGUGUAUCUCCAUGUAAUAGAGCACAAAAUAAAAAUGACCAUGACUUUA